CACAACUCGUCUCUUCCUGGUGAAAAUCUGGGCAGGACAUGUGCCCCUUCGGCCCUAGCCUAUGCCGCCACCACAACCACUCAGGUGUCGAGUAUUUGUGCGAGGAUGACAAGAGAUGAUUCCUGCAUAGUUCCUGGCUCCCUCACUCCCCCAACUUUCCUAGACCCUCGGCCCCCCGUCGCACGCCCUCUUCCGGGUCACACUCAGUUUUGUCCUUGUCCAUCUCCAGAUUUCUUCCUUCUAAGGUGCUAUAUCCGAUUUCCCACCUGUUUCGUCAGACCUCCGUCACUUCCUCCACCGCCGGGUUCGGCAACGACAUCCUGGGGCCACAACAAUCUUGAUACAAUCCUCUGACCCCGGAAAUUCGUCUGUAUGACCCGCACCCGGUGAGAGACAUGCCUCGCCCCCGCGUCAAGGACGAGGACCGAAAGAGAGUCUCGCGUGCCUGCGACACCUGCAAACGCCGCAAGGAGAAAUGCGACGGCCAACAUCCUUGUCUACUAUGUAAACGUCGUGGUCGUGAGCCUGAAUGUGUCUUUUCCGAUGGCCUAGCCAAACGGGCUUCCACUUCCACUUCCACCGCCAGUCGCCAACCCCAAGACAAUAGUGCAGAGCCCGAAGCCCCCUCGCCAGCGCAGUCAAUGACUCUUCGCGAUGCCCUCAACGAAUCAAACGAUGCCGAAAUCGCCAUCGAGUCCUUGUUGACCCUGUCUGGUUCAAGGAGUGCUCCCAAGUCACCUCAGUACGACCGCGAUCCGGAUGCCCUCAUCUCACGCGCCCCCGUCCCUAAGCUGGCCAGGUUAUUGCGAGAUGGUCGCGGCAAGUUCAUCUUUGUCGGCGACUCGAGCAAUUUGGCCUUUGUCCAGAACAUCCGCCGCCUCGUCAAAGUCGAUAUUGGAGAAUGUCAACUCACUUCCGACCCCUUGCGCCAUGCCAUGGUCGAGGUAAUCCCACCUCACAAAGCUCCCACGCCUCAACAAGCGAAGCAUCCCAAGCCCAGUCUGGCAGAGGCACAGGAUCUGAUCAAGCAUUACUUGCUGGCCUCCAGUGGUGUCAUCGACCUCUUUGACCCCGACGACAUCACCGAUCAUCUCUGCACCUGGACCACAGAUGCCAAUUCCGAGACCGACCUGAACUCCUCCAUCUACUACCUAGUAUUGGCAAUUGGCGCCCUGGCUCGCAGUCCCGCCGACCUCGAUACCGCCGAGUUCUACUUCAGUCGCGGUCGCGAAAUUGGUGUUUCCCGCUUUCUCGAAGAUCCUAGCGUCCUGACCGUUCAGGCAUAUGCCCUCAUCACCUUUUAUAUGCUCUCCGCCACUCGGCGCAACGGUGCCUUUAUGUUGUUGGGUAUUGCCGUUCGCGCCGCCUAUGCCCUGGGCCUCCAUCGAAUCGAUAUCUCCAGUCUCUUUGAGCCCCGCGAACGGACCGCACGUGAACGCGUCUGGAGAAGUCUCCGCGUGCUCGACCUCUACAUGAGUGGCUCUCUCGGCCGUCCACCGUCGACCUCGGAAGUUGACGGUGGAAGCGUGUCGUGGAAUCGCUCCACCCGCGACUACGAGGACAUUCAAAUGAACGGCAGAAAUACCUCGGCUACAUUGAGAAUUUGUUUCAUAUUCGAGAGGAUCCUGAACGAGGUCUAUUGUCGCCGUGAAGUCUCUGUACAAUUGGUCGAAAGCAUCUCGAGGCAGUAUCGAGACUGGACCAUGUCGUUGCCCACGGGCUUGCAAGCGGACAGUCUCGAUCAAAAGCCUGGUUCUACCUCACCCACCCUGCGACAAUCCAUCGGCAUUGCUCAUCUCAAGGGCAUCUACUACUGGUCCAUCAUCCUGCUCACGAGACCCUUUUUGAUUUACAAGGUCUCGUCCAAAAUCAAAAAUCGCGACGAAGAGGUCGACGGUGCCGGCAGCAAUGUGACCAUGACCCUCAGCGAGGCCUGCAUCGAUGCCGCUCUCAGAAGCAUUGAGAUUGCCACCGACCUGGUCCACACCCCAGGCAUUCCUCGACGGUUGUUCAUGAUCACCAACAGUGUCUUCAUUUCAGGCAUAGUCAUUGGAUUCGCCAUCUUUGGAAACUUUGACAAAUCCUUUCCCUUGUUGAGCAGCAUCAGCCAAGCCGAGGCCAUCUUGACCAUUAUGGCCAAGGACGAUGUUUCUGCCCGUCGCCUGUACACCAUCACAUUGUAUUUGCGGCUCGCCGCCAUCGAGCACAUCAAAAAGCGCGACCAGAUACAAAUGCAGAGGCGGAGGCAAGACAUCCAUAACAUCUUUGGAGACCCCAUCAAUAAGGACAACACCCGCCGAUCUGCGCCGAGCACGGGUGACCAGACCCCUAGCCAACCGUUGAUGGACGAUCCCGCCGUCAACAAUGUUCCCUUUAAUUUUGACGCCAUCGACGCAAUGGAUACGCAGCCACCCUGGCAGUUACGAUUCGAGAUGGAGGCUGAUGGUCGGGGCCCCGUCCUGACCACUUCUGGCGCACUGGCGUACACGGGAGAUGAUCCGAAUGGCUCGGGCCCACUACCAGGCCUACCUCAGCCCGAGUUCGGACAGCUGCCUGACAAUGAUUAUCUCUCCCCCGACGGAUCAGGAAUCCCUAGCCUUCCAUCCUAUGCCGAGGAGUUUCCUCUGUUCUCAAUCAUGACUGAGUUUGAUCAGACCGCAGACCCAUUUGCCAUGCUCGGGACUUGAAAGGCUUACAGUGGUUUCUUGGAAUCAAAAACAACAUCUCCAUCUGGCGAACGAGCCGUGAGUUUCUUGGACACCCAACCAGAGAGCAACCAGGCUCCAAUUACAAUCAAUACCAGGUACAGCCCAGUCGGCAGAAGCGAUCUUGGAAGGACGUUGAGAAUAAAAGGGUCAAGAAUGACAUCAACCGCGACCGGGGGGACGUGCUCCAUCAAAUCAGUGUCAAGACUGUAAUAGUCGGCCAUGGCGAAAACCUGAAGGAAGAGAGUCGUCGUGGAAGCAGCCGUCGAUUUGGGAGGCUUACGCGCCUGCAACGAGAUGAUAUCUUCGGAGCUCAGAUGGUCGUGACGGGCGUAGGCGUAUCCGCUCAGAGAUGUGAUGAGAUCUGCAUCUCCAAAGACAUGAUCAAUGGAGUGGGUGUAGAGCCAAAAUGAAGUGGGUUGCUGGAUUAUGUCAGCCAGAAUCAAAGUCACCAGCGGAACAGACUCACGGUUGCAAGCCAACAGAUACGGACUUCGUACCGUCUGCCUGGCUGUAGUUGCUCCAACAAGAACCAAGUUACAGUCCCCUUCUCCGAGUCUUUGGUUGGGAAGCUUGCAUUGAUAUAUGUUCGGGCGCUGGGGAAAGGCUCGGAGAAGGAUGUCAAUAACAAGUUGUCAAUACUGGCAUCAGAGGGCAAUGGCUCAGCUGCCGGAGCCACAAAGACCACUUUUUCCGUAUUGGCAUCGACGUGCACGAGGAGAGAAGUCAGGACCAGGCCCAACAGGAACUGCAGGAUCCACAUCUUGUCUGAUGCGAAAUGCAAUCAGUCGAGGGAUGGUUGAUAGUCUGUAGAUGUGAACAGAUGGAGAAUAGCAGCCUGUCCCGCUCUA